AUGUCGUCCAAGUACGCAGCACUCCCAGACCUGGACUCCUCACAGGACAUCUACGAGACCCCCGACCUCACGGACGACGUCUCAACCCUCCCCACCACCACCAGCAUCCCCGACGACGACUCCCACGAAAACGACUCCGUCGACGGCAGCGGCCUCGUCACCGAGCACCUGCACCCCACGUCGGCCCGCGGCCGCUUUAAGCACUCCGAGAUUGACGCGCGCGGCGUCGACUUCUCCGACCGCAUCAGCGGCAAGCGGCGGUCGUACCGUGCGUCGAGCCGGCGGCGGCGGCGCCGCGGCGGUGGUGGUGGCGGUGGAUACGAGGAUGAGGCGGGCGACGAGGAGGGGUAUGAUAGUGAGGAGCUGUACGGCGAGGAGACGCUCGCCAUGAGGGUUGCUAGGCUGCGGAGGGAGAUUGAGGAGGUGCGGGCUGAGGCUGCUGCGAGUGGGGGGGAGAGUGAGAGUGGGGGGGAGGAGGGGGAGGAGGGGGAGGGGGGAGGAUGGAGGUGA